GUCGUUCGAUAGUCUCAAUACUACCCUACUAGUGGAAGAUUUCGAAAUGAAGAUUCUUCUGACACUGUUGGCGGUGGCCGCCCUCGCGGAAGCUACCUUCGAUAUCAAAUCGUUGCUGGGGGGACUGCACCACAAAAAGCCGGAAGCAAUCCAUGUCACGCUCCAUAAGGCUCUACCACCACCUCCUCCACCACCGCCACCACCAGUCCAUCAUGUAGCCUCGUACUACCGGCACCCAGUCGCACCACCACCACCGCCUCCAGCACCCGUUCACUUGGUUCCUCACUACAGUCAACCUGCUCCACCUCCACCACCACCACCACCUGCAGCACCUCAGCAAAUUGUACGAGUGAUUCAACCAAUCGUUUACUACCGACAACCCGCCGCACCAGCACCGGCUCCAGCACCGAUCGCUGCUCCAGCACCAAUCCCGGAUUCCUAUUAUCGUAAGCCGGUUGCACCAGUUGCGCCGGUAGCACCGAUUGCACCCGAUUGCACCCGAGUUGUUGAAGCACCCGAGUUCACCAUUGAACCCUCGAAAUCGUUCGACUUCUCAUACGCCGACGCUGGUGCAUCAGCGAUCGCUAACGCUGGCGCUGUUGUCCAGGCUCCAAAAGUGGAAACCGGAAGCAGUGCAUUCGCAAGCGCCAGCGCUAGUUCCAGUGCCAGCUCUUCGGCCAGCGCUGGUUCAACCUUUGAAACCUACAAAUCCGAGGGACACUACUACGCCCUGCCCGAGGAAAAGGUCACCCUCGAUCAACCCGUUGCUCCGAUUCAGUUUGAUAAUCGCGUAAAUGAAGCACCGGCCAUUACCAGCUUCCUAGCCGCUAGCAAAGAUGAUGCCUCGGCCGUUGCCGUGAGCAACGCUGUUGCCGAAGUAGCGCAGGAAGAGGUUCCUGUGGCGAUUCGGGUGGACAAUCCCGUCGAAGAGAUCCCCGCUAUUGCCGAUGCACCGAUAAUCGUUGAGGAAAUUGUUACAGAAGCACCCACAACCACGACAACGACGACCACAACCGAAGCACCCACAACAACCACCACGACCACAACGACUACAACUCCUCGUCCAGCUCCACCACCAGCUCCGCAAAUCUUCCUCGACGAGGCGCAGAUCACCCAGGAGAUCCUGAAGCAAGCUCUACCCACCGUCAUUAGCCAGGUAUCACCGCACAUCAUCCAGCAGGCCAUCCCGUUGGUCGUCGAUCGUGCCCUACCUCAGGUUGUGUACCAGGUUAACCCUACCGUGGCCAGUCAAGCCGCUCCAGCUCUUCAGCUGCAACAGCAGCAGGAAUACUACCAGCAGCAAAACGCCCAACCCGUGCAGAUCGUUACCCCACUGAACGUCAACGCCCAGCGUCAAGACGAAAAGGUACAGGUCAUGUACGCGACCUCAAUCGCCCAGCAGAACCAGUUCAUCAACAACCAACAGUACCAACAGGAACAGGAAAACCAGGUCAUCUCGGUAGGCAACCGAGGAAGUGCCGGCGCCCAACAGGCUGCUCCAGCAGGCCCGGCUUUCGUCAUCGAGCAGGGUCUCGAGGCCGGCGGAGACGUUCAAACCGAACUUCGCGAUAGCACCGGAGUCCAACAGCAGAUUAUCAGCAACUUCAAACAGGAGAACCUUCAGCAGCAACAGCUUUUCGGAGGGUUCGGUAGCUUCCAAGGUGGAGCCGGUGCUCAGGCCACUGCCCAAUCCCAGACCGGUGGUUUCGGAAACUUCCAGGGUGCAGGUGCCCAGGCCAACGCUCAAGCCGGAGCUCAGCAGUUUGGUUCAUUCGGAAACUUCGCUGGAGCGCAGGCCUCAGCCCAGUUUGGAGGUUUUGACAAUUUCCAGAACGACCUCGCCCAAGGACAAGGACAGGGUGGCAACUUCCAGCAGUUUGGAAUCGUGCAGCCUCGUAGUGGACAGCUGAACUGA